AGGAGACUACAGAUCCCAACAUGCGCCGCUCUUUCCUCCACUCUCAGGGGUAUUUUGUCGACAUGCUGUUGAUUAAAGGAUUUUCUGCUCCAUAUCUGAGGAAGAGCAAGAUGUCCCUGAGGUUCCAAAGCAACAGACGACCAGCGGUUCCUCUUGGGUCACGGAUUUUGCUGGAUCCAGAUAAAGUUUUUGAUCAUAACAUGUGGGACCACAUGCAGUGGUCACGGGAAGAAGAAGAAAGAGCCAGAGAAAAAGCUGUCAAAAAUUCACUUGUAAGAGUUUGCUCCGAGAUGCAAGAUAAAUAUGAGAAUGAUGCUAGUAAAUAUUGGAAUGAAUUUUACAAGACCCAUAAGAACCGUUUUUUUAAAGAUCGCAACUGGCUUUUCUUGGAAUUUCCAGAAAUUCUCCCAGAAGGAAAGUAUAACUAUUCUGUAAAAAUGGAUACAACAACAAAAAACUUACCUCAUUUCCAAUGUACGGGAAUACCAGAAGACAAGUGUCUUUGUGAAGAUAAUUCUGUUUUAAAAGUUUCUUCUGCACAUGGAAACAAUUUCAGCCCAUGUUAUGACUAUUCUGCAGCUGAUGACCAAAGUGCCAAGUGUUUUGAAAAGCAGUUCCCUGGUAGUGAUGCUGCUUACCGAAUAUUAGAGGUUGGCUGUGGUGCUGGAAACAGUGUUUUUCCAGUUCUGAAAGCUAUUCGCCAGAACCCUAGAGUAUUUCUGUAUUGCUGUGAUUUUGCUUCAGGAGCAGUGGAGCUCAUCAAGUUGCACUCGUGCUUUGAUGCUUCCCGGUGUUUCGCUUUUGUUCACAACGUGUGCGAUGAUGCCUCGCCCUACCCCUUCCCAGAUGAGAGCCUGGAUGUUGUUCUCCUCGUCUUUGUCCUCUCUUCAAUUCAUCCUGACAGGGUCCAAGGAGUCGUCAACAGGCUGGCCAGAUUAUUGAAACCUGGAGGGAUGAUGCUCUUUCGAGACUAUGGAAGAUAUGAUGUUUCACAGCUUCGUUUCAAAACAGGCAGCUGUCUGUCAGAGAACUUCUAUGUAAGAGGUGAUGGUACCAGAGCAUACUUCUUCACAAAAGAUGACAUACGUAACAUUUUCUCCUCGGCUGGCUUAAACGAAGUGCAGAAUCUGCUUGAUCAACGUCUGCAGGUAAACAGGAAGAAAAAACUGACGAUGCAUCGUGUGUGGGUCCAAAGCAAGUUCCAAAAACCACUGCUGCUGGCUCUAAGCAGAUGAUAAGAUGCUCAGAACAACACACAUUUGUUGAACACGCAUUUUCCCAAAAUGUUCCAGGUCAAUGGCUGAAAAGCCAGAAAGAUUUCUGAACAGUAACUUCUGUCCUAUGCUUUAAAUUGGUAUACAUUGGCCAGACUCCAGAAAAAAAUGUGUAUGGAAAACUGUGCACACCCUUUAAAGGUUUUGACUUGUUUUGACUAUGCAGCUGCAACCCAGUGUAAUCUGUCGAGGGCCAUGGCUGGUGGCAGUCCAGCUACAGAAGAUCCUCCCAAGAGGGGCCAGCUCGGCACCCAUCCUGCAGCCCUUUUGGUACCAGGCAAGAACAUAGUUGCUUUAAUUGGUCAUAAGUUGUUUUCCUAGGUUUUAUUUAUGGUUUUGAAACAGUUUUGUUUGACUGUACACUGCCACUACCCAUCCUAAAAUAGGAUGAAGGGUGGAAUAAUUAGAUAAAGCAAUUAGAUACAUCUGCAAAAUUGGUACCUUUGGCCAAAUAUCCUGAAAUAUGGAAUAAGCAAAUUGUUCAUAGAAAUGGAAUAAUUUGGGAACAAAUGUUUGAAUCAAAAUAUUUCUUUGAUAUAGACAUCUGAGAUAUACGAAGUAGGAGAUGGAUGUAUGUAAUGGAACAACAUCUGAUAAAAGUAUAUUUUCUUUUU